CUUGGUGGAGGACGGUGGUGAGUGUACGCGACGACGUGGGGUUUGGCGGGGUUUGUCGGAUCGAUAGCGCGCAUGAGAGUGCGCGAACACCUACGUCGGUGAUCGUCGCGACCUGGCCGCCACCGUGAGUCGAGUAUCCGGCGAGUAUUUCCCGAUGUCAAUAGCGUACGUGCGUCCGAGUGACGAGCACCGGAGCCGGUAGCUCGUCGACGAGAUUCCAGUCGGUCGUGUGUGCCCAUUUCGCGCGUUUCUUCGCUUAAGUACCCGUCGGUUUCCUUCAUUUGGAUCGUGCUCCGAUAGAGAGCCGAUCAUCCGGACCUGUUCGCCGCGAGUGUAUAAGGUUAUGUUCACGGUGGUUACGCGCGGAAGUAUCGCGGAAGCCGGUAUGGAGUCUCGUUGAAAGUGAUAUGUCCGUGAUGUCACGAGGCUCGCCCUGGUGCCUCGACGCACCAGGGACGAGAAAAUCCAUGCUUUUUCUAACCAUCGCCGUCCUUUUCGGCUUGUUGUCGCGAGGCGUCGUUGCCGAGAAGAGUAAAAAAUAUCAAAUAAGCGACGUGUGCAAGAAGAAUUAUAUGCGAGAUCUCUACAGGAAAAUAGACGGGGCUGUGCUGAUGUCGAAGAUCGAGAAGGAUCUGGAUUGUACCAUCACCUUCCAAACGCAUAGUAUCCUUCAGCGGUUCAUGCUACGCUUCGACCUACUGAAAUUGGACUGCAACGAUCACCUCUACAUCUACGAUGGUGCACAUGCGGUCAGCAGUUACAAGGCAGACCUGUCCUGCCAGAACACGAUGGAGUCCGUGGGCGCGAUUUAUACGCGCACGAACUUCGUGACACUGAAAUACGUCACCGACUCGUGGGGCUCCCCCACGAACGGCUUCCGUCUCGUUAUCACCGCCGUCAAGGAUCCAAAGCACACCUGCAAGGACUUCCGAUGCACCCAGAACGAAUUCUGCAUCGAGACGGACCUCCUUUGUGACGGCGUGAAUCAUUGCGGCGAUGGCUCCGAUGAGGCUAUCUCCACCCUCUGUGCCAACACCGAGGCAUCGACGAUCCUGGGCAUGCAGACGAUCUGGUUCGUGGUCGCGCUCGUUUUUCUGAUCCUGAGCGUGGCAGGCCUGGUCACAGCGGCGGUCCUCUGCUUCUGCAGCCAACGCGCUGCAACCCCGAGGCAUCCCCAUAACGCGCACAACGCCCAGACUCAUCCUCCAGUCAGCUUCCCAUUUCGUUUGCGUUUGUUAGAGAAGCAGGAAAAUCGCGAGUUGCUGGCGGGUAAAUCGAGAUGCCUUUUAUCUAAGGAAUUGCAGAUCGCGCGGAGAAAAUUGAGUAAGUUUCGCCUCGGCAGUCGAGUGAAACCGGCCCUAACGGCCGUCAGUCUUCAGUCUUGCCGGUGGAGGGCCGCUGGACCAGCCAACAGACUCAACAUGGAAGACCUGACAACGUGGAAAAUGUUUUACGUUUGUGUAUUCGCCAUCUCUCUGAUGGUUCGUUCGUCCGCUGGCGCGCAAAUGCAGCCGCUCGUCGUCAGCAACUCGUUGGACGAAGGUGUCGCCAAGGACUACUUUAUAGGACCGUGUCUGGUGAACACGAAUCAAACUUGCCCUGAUAAAGAGGUGACGUUCUUCUUAUACACGCAAAGAAAUCCCGAUGUGGGUCAGCAGAUCAUGGUCGACGAGAAGCGCUCGAAUUUGAAACGAAUCCAUUUCGAACCUUCGAACCCUACCAAGAUCCUGAUACACGGUUACGAUUCUGACAUGGCACUGUCUUAUCUAGUGGACGUGCGAAACGAAUAUCUGAAAACCUAUGAUUACAAUGUGAUAGCCGUGGAUUGGCAUCGUCUAGCUACGGCACCGUGCUAUCCCAUCGUUGUGCAAAACGUGCCACACGUGGGCGAUUGUUUGGCGCAGCUGGUGCAGAGACUGAGGGACGUGGGUGCGGACGAUAUCCACGUGAUCGGCUUCAGUCUGGGUGCACACGUGCCCGCGUUCGCGGCUACAGCUCUCAGACCGUACAAGAUGUCAAGGAUAACGGGUUUAGAUCCUGCCAUGCCGUUGUUUGUCACCGUGGAGAAUGAUUACAAAUUAGACCCGUCGGACGCGGUCUUCGUCGAUGUCUUUCAUACGAACGCGUUCAUUCAGGGCAAGGUGGAGAUGAGCGGGCACAUAGAUUUCUAUAUGAACGGUGGGAUCAACCAGCCGGGUUGCUGGGACAAUUGGAAGCCUUUCGAGUGUGAUCAUCACAGAUCCGUGAUGUAUUUCGCCGAGUCCAUCAAUUCGGAUGUGGGUUUCUGGGGCUGGAAAUGCGGAGGAUUUUCUUUUUACCUGCUUGGCCUGUGUCCUCCCAGAUACCCGGCCGUUUUGGCUGGCGACAAGGUGGAUAAGAAGAGCAGAGGCUUUCAUCUGGUGAGAACGAAUGGGCACAAACCGUACGCCAUGGGAAAUUUCAGCGUGAACCGGUUAGAUAUGUAUACGUAAGGUCGACGAAGUAUCGAGCGAUCAUGUCGCGAGAUACGACUCGUGCGAUAAAUCGAAGAAUGUACGACGUGAGACUUUUCUGCUCUCUGAUUGCGGAACAUAAAGAGGACACGUGCAUGAGACGAAGCAGUUGCUGUUGGAAACGGGCACCAACCGUGUGUCCCUCCGGCAAAUUGUCACGGUGAGCGUGAGAGUUGACUGAAAAACGUGUUCUGUGUCAAGGUCAGGGUAUCUCGAGCACCUGGUGCUCCGCUAAUCGAUACUGUGUUCGUCGUAGAGAAAGAAAUGGGGCUAACCGGCUAUAAGUCCGUGUAGGAGUUGAUUCGUAUCGAUGACGCGCGCGAAACUGAUAAGCAAAUUAUCGGCUCGAAAGUUUCGAUAAAACGAAAUCUUCUUUGGGAAGAUUAGACUCGGACAUUUCGAAAAAUUUCUCGGAAAAAUUUUUCUGUGAAUUAUAUUUAUAUCAAAUAUCUUUUUACUUUCGCCAAAGUGAUUAGAAUUAUGGACUUGAACUUUAUAUAUCGUGGUUAGGAGAUAUCGUUUGAGAUUGGUUCGUUGCAUCGGUUUGACAAAUUAAAAUCAGUGGUUUGAUAGGAAUUGUGAACAUCCUUGUAAGCUUUUUACGUAACAAUGUGCAUCGAAUGGAUCUUUAUCAGAUAUUAUCCAACUUAUAUCUAAAUCUUACGUGUAACGCGCGCAAAAGUUACAGCUACAGUAGUGAGUUUUAUCGAAGAAACUUGAUUUCGAAAAUAUAUAGAAAAUGUGUUGAAUUUAUGCAAAUAUAGGAGAAUUUAAUUUCAGCGUAACAUGUGUAAAUUACAUAUGUAAAGGAUUAUAAAUAAGCUGAGUUUUAUUAAUAUCGUUUGAAAUAUUGAUAAGCGAGUUGCACGUAAUCUGUUAUUUAUUGAUAAAGGCGUGGUUAUUUAGCGAGAUGUUGUAUCUAUAUUUAUGGAUUGUCGUCGAAAUAACGAUACAAAAAUAUUGUUUUGUAUAAAAUAACAGAGGCUAUUUAUUCCUUAUAUCAUUUACUUUGGAUACUCAUAUUUUAGUCAUCUAUUGUAUUUAUCAUACCGAAAAUUCUUCGUUUUCAUCCCGUGUUAUUAAUUGCUAUCAAUUUACUAAAACAUUUAAGGAGAUUAAUAAUAUACGAUUUAACUUUUAUAUCGUAAUACGAAUAUUUAUUUAUAUGUUGCAUUUAACUUAGAUAGUAAAAUUACGUUAUCAUCGGAGAUAUUAUUUUUGAUACCAGAAAAUUCCAAGGCAAACAUUACGUAAUGAUAUGGCUGUUACUACAAAAAAUACGUAUCAAACAUAAAGAUUAUUUAUUUGUUUAUUUAUUUACUUAAUUUCCCCAUGGUCUUCUGAACUUUUCCAACGUAGUUCCGCUGUCACUUUUAUGAACAAUUUUUCAAAUUCUGUGAACGCACCUUUGAUAUAAAAUUGAAGUAUGGAAAUACACGUGUUAAUGAAAAUUUGUUUAUAAUUAUCUAGAAAUUUUUGAAAACAGAAAUAUGUGUGAGUGGAAACCGACUACUGGCUUUAGUAAUAUUUAAAGCGUUUCUGCAUGUAUUAAUACCUUAAGUGUAUUGUAAAUAUAUUAUAUUGUUUGCAAUGCC